CGUGCUACACGCGCCAGUCGCCGAUCGCGUACGGUUCUGGACAGUGGCGGCGCUCGUUCGCGGGUGCGGUACACGUUCACAUACAGGUACUAUACACGCGCACGCCGUACACGCGAUAUUAUAUUCUCACCAAGUGCGCACGUGAUCGCCGCCGAUACAGUGGUCGGGCAGACGAACCGCGGUAGCAGACACAGUCGCAACAAUCGAUGACAAUCAUUGGCGCUAACCGUUAGUGUCUUUCAAUCGGUUUGACCUGUCGGCGAAUCCGUUGUCGCUUCGCGAACUUUUCCCGGUGCCGUCUGUGCAGUGUACGGCGCGACGACGAAGCGCGUGACGUAUUCGCGUUCGGUUCGGUUGUGUUUUCCGUGCGUGUACAUCACAUCGCGUUAUACACCCUCGUCGUGCACGAAUACGUGUAGCGAAAAGCAAAUCGGUCGAUCAACAGGUGUUCUCGACCGGCUGGCGGCGGUGGUCCCGUUGGAAAACCGCGUUAACUGUUCGCGGUACUUGCCGACCCGUCGAGGAAGAACAGCAGAAGGAACAUAAGGAAGAGGAGAAGAAAAAGAAGAAGAAGGAGAAGGAGAAGUAGGAGUCGGUGGUUGUAGCUGUGGUAGUGGUUGUGCCGUGACGCAGAAGGAAAACCACAGAGUUGAAAAAUCCACAUCGACCGUGCGUAAAGUGCGUGUGCUCGCGGACAAACAGGACGUUUUAAUUAGUAGGGUCGAAAUAUUGCGGCGUGGCCGAGCGGGCUGCCAGACCGAUAGUCGCGAUAGGAGGAACAAGAGGGCACGGCGCGGUGUCCGCGAUGACUCGUCCACGUCAACGGUCAAAGGUCACGGCGAUAACGGUGCGCGAUAGACAACGUCAUCGACAUCUCGAUCAUCUCGGCGAGAUCAUCACCGCCGUCGGCAUCGGCAGCAUCAGCAGUGCGCGGUCGGCAUCGUACCAGUCGCGUGCGGGUGACUCGGCGUAACGCGGAUACGAUACGGAACGUUCGGCCGAAAACGGUGCGUGUAAACUUUUCGCGGUGGGCAGUCGACCGGUUAUGUUUAUAAAUAUGUAAAUAUAAAAUAUUUACAUAGCGUCGUGACAGUAAUAACGAUAAUAACCACCGGUUGUAACGGCCGUGGCGGCGGCCCGUACGACAGCAGCGGCUGUCUGGCGGACGGAACGGAAGCGGGGAGGAAAAAAAAAAACAAGUGCGAACAAUUGUUCAAACGCCGCGGGAACGGAUCGCGGACACGCGGCGGGAGACCGCGGCAAAGGGUGUUUGGCGCGUGCGACGCGGCCGCGGUGACGCCGCCGGUUUGUUAGCGACGCGCAGCAGGUCCGAUGCGUUCGGCGCCGCCGUCCAGCACCUGUGCCGCCCGUGUCAGCAGCGCGUCGUGUUCGCGUCACGCCCGUCGCCGACGACGACGCCGUAACUCGUCAUUGCCACCAUGAAGCUCCGCGACCGCGUGGUCAUCGGCUUCUGCCUAUCGUUGGUCCUGGUCACCGUGCUGUUCGUAGUCGACCUGCAGAACGAAAACGAUCGCCGGCUGCGGGCGGCCGUGGACGUGGACGCGGACGCGCCGCUCGGCGUCGGGCUGCACGGCCGUUCGCGCCCCGACGUGCCCAACGUCUGGGACGCGGCCGAAUCGCCCACGCUGACGCCCGCGUUCGAGUACCGAUCGCGGCCGCAACCACCGCCGCCGCGGCGGCCGUCCGCUCCGCAACCGUACGUGCCCGCGUCCAACGACUACUACCGCACGCCCGUGGCCGACCCGUACGCCGACGACCGGUUCGACGAUCUCACAGAACUGCUGUCCGUGCCGCAGUUCGUGCCGCACCACGGUAAAGUGGUCGACUGGACCGUGGUCACGGACGUCAUCGUGGACGACACGUCCGUCGACGGUACCAUCAGCAACGAGUACAUCGCCGAGUACUUGGAAAGUGGUUCGCGGCCAAAUAUGACGGAACUAACCAUAUUCCACACCAGAAUAUCAAAAAGAGAAAUGUAUCCUGAAAACGACACGUAUGUGCCAUCAAUUUUAAAAAAAAUGUCUAGUUUGCCAAUCGUAAGUGUAGCCCAAAAAGAAGGAGGUACGCAGAUCAAGCUCGUUAUCGAGUAUUUGAACGGAGAUAAAGCUCUUAUGAAGCCAAUGAGGUUCUCUCGAGAUCAACAGACUCUGCCGAAUCACUUUUACUUCACUGACUACGAAAGGCAUAACGCCGAAAUUGCUGCAUUUCAUCUCGACAGGAUACUGGGGUUUCGGAGAGCAAUGCCGGUCAGUGGCAGAUUGGUAAACAUUACGUCUGAACUGAUGGCCCAAGUAACCGCAUCCGAUCUGUUAAAGACGUUUUUCGUUUCACCUGACAAAAAUAUGUGCUUCCACGGUCAAUGUUCCUAUUACUGCGACACGUCCCACGCCGUAUGCGGUAAUCCGGACACGUUGGAGGGCUCGUUCGCCGCCUACUUACCGUCCCAAGAGGUUUUGGAAAGGAAGACGUGGAGGCAUCCUUGGAGGCGCAGCUACCACAAACGGAAGAAAGCUAGAUGGGAAAUAGAUCCGAAUUACUGCGAGGUGAUCAGAAAUGUGCCACCGUACCGGACCGGUCGCCGGUUGUUGGACAUCAUGGACCUGUCCGUGUUCGAUUUCCUCAUGGGCAACAUGGACCGCCAUCAUUACGAGACAUUCACGCUGUUCGGCAAUGACUCGUUUCCCAUUCAUCUGGACCACGGCCGGGCGUUCGGCAAGGCGUUCCACGAUGAGCUCAGCAUAUUGGCACCGGUCAUCCAAUGCUGUCACAUACGGAGGAUCACUCUGGAAAAACUGCUCAGAUUCCACAACGGUAAAAAGCUCAGCGAACACAUGAGAGAAUCCAUGGCCGACGACCCGUUGUCGCCCAUACUAUGGGAACCACAUUUGGUGGCGCUCGACCGACGAGUGGGCUUCGUGCUGCAAAAAAUCCGUGAGUGCAUGUUAGUGAACGCGGAGAGCAACGAAGAGACGGAAAAUGAGUACAUUCCCAGGAAAAAACAACCUAUGAACAUAUCGUCGACCGAGUUAAAUGAUUUGCAGUUGGAGGGCAAGACCACGGGUUCGAAACGUCUUAAAAUUGAAUGAUUCCUCAGACAUUUCCUAGGAAAAAAACGAAAAAGAAAUAUCGCCACUCGGCCGAUUAUAAUUUACGUUUCUUUUUCGCUCGAAUAUUUUUGAAUUAUUCUUGUGUUCGGUGUACAUACCUAUAUAGUAGACAGAUGAAAUUACAUUUUAUGGUAUAAACGCUUCUACUUUAUAUCACAAUCAUCUGUUGUCCAUAAACUUUUAAUUUCGUCAAAAAUAUCGUAAAUGAGACUGGAUGAUGAAGUCACGUGCUUUAUCGCGGAUGGUACCCGAUUUCCUCUUUCGAAAUACAUACAUAAUAUAUGGUGAUAUUUUUUACGUUCGACUACAACGGUUCUAGUAUAAGUUUUCAAAAAUAUUUAAAAUAAAUUAAUCAGAUUCGGUAUCACAAUAAUUUUUUAGGUGUUUUUGAGUCACAAAACGAUAUAAUUAUAUACACAAGCAGCUGGAUGUUUGUAUUAAUGCCGGUUAAGGAGGAUUGUGAAUAAGACACAUGCGAUCUAAAAAAAAAUAAAAUAAUAUUAUUAAGUAUAUCAAUAUACUUUAAGGACCCAAUGAAUAAUUACUUCAAUAAAAAUAUGUACAUAUAACUUUUGUAUAUUAAUCUUCUCUACGUCUGUCUUAUAUAUAUAUAUAUAUAUUAUUAUUAUAACGCCUAUUGUC